UUCAGAUUCAGAUGUUGGGGAACGUUGGCAUCGUUAAACGCUUGAAUCGGUUACAGUUGAAACGCAGUCAACACAAAACAGCCGUUUUAAUUUCAACACCUGCUUUCUAGUGUGUGUAAACACACUGUUCAUCGCGGACCUCCAGCUUUAACCGUUGUCUCUGCAAGCUGCUUGCUGGAGUCAUGAACUGCUUAGCCGACGAAGCGGUGCGUCGAUCAACAGAGAACAAUCAGCAGCUGCUGUGGGAGGAAAACAGUCAUGACGUCCGUCCAGCUCGCAGUAGCUUCAGGUCAGUCUGGACAAAUGUCACGACAGAUGGGAGACAACCACAGGCGCUUUCUACAAACCAUGAUGUCCAUUGGCAUUGUUGAUGAUCAUGGAGCAAAGGCACUUUAUCAGCAUUGUUGCGAAACACACAACGUACAAUGUCCCCCGGACAGGCUGGAUGAUUUCAUUGAGACCAUCAACUCAAAGCUGCAACCACUGUUCAUGCAGAUCCGAAAAGGGAUGUCUGAAGACAAUGGUCAAGAGCACUAUGCAUUGGUAAACAUGGCUCAGACUGAUGUCACCAGAAUGUCAUCAGAUUAUGCUGAUAAUGAGCUGGAACUGUUCAAGAAAACGUUGGAGCUGAUUGUGGGCUCUGAGAAUGGAACAGUAUCUUCCACUGACAUUCUCAACAGCACCGACAGCAUGACCACUAAGAAGCUGAAGAAGAGCGAAACGGAGCAUCUCUUGAGUCGACUUGUUCAUGACAAAUGGCUCAAUGAGACGAAGGGUGAAUACACCUUGUCCACCAGAUGUAUUAUAGAGAUGGAGCCCUACAUCCGUACAAUGUACCAGGACCAGGUCAGUGUGUGUCAUAUCUGUCACACCAUCGUCUUCCAGUGCCAAAUCUGUGAGAAUCCUAUUUGUGGCAUAAAGAUACACAACCCAUGUGUGGCCAGAUACUUCAAAGGCAGAGCAGAGCCGCGAUGUCCCGCCUGUAAUGACUUCUGGCCACAUGAAAUCCCUGAAAUCAGACGACCUCGAUCACAGUCCAGAAGAUGAAAACAUCAUCAAAUUUGUUUCUUACUAUUGUUGCUGUUUUGUUGUUUAAAAUUUUUACAAGAGCCUGUAACUUAUUUUUUUAUGUUACCUUUACCACUGAGAAAAUAAAGCUGCAUUAUCCCUGAAUAACA